UGUCUCUGACAAGACGAAAGCAGACAGGCAAAACAAGUCCCCAUGGAGCUUGUUUCUGAGGAAGACUCAACUGCGUGGCAGAUAUCCUAAUCCUUAUGUCAUAACGCAAUUGUGAACUCAUAGCUCUCGCCCUCAUAUUACUCAUGCCAGACAUUGGGAAAUAGAGAAGUCAAAGCUAAUGAACCAUCUAGAGACAAACCAUGGGGAUUCAAUUUUGUACAAACGGCCAUUUAAUUUUAAUUGUAGUUGAAGAUGUUGAAGAAACAAUUGAAUGGCAGAUAAGGAAGAAGCAGAAAGCCGAGAAUGAUUUUAGAAAAAAAAGAGCAGCAGCCACGGAGAUCCAGGCCUGGUGGCGUGGCACUCUCUUGCGCCGGACAUUGCUGCACGCAGCCCUCAGGGCCUGGAUCAUUCAACGCUGGUGGAGGAAGACACUGGUGAGGCUGCUGCUGAAGAAGCGGAGGGCUGCCCUGAUUACCUACACAAAUAGAGAGAGGGCAGUGGUCAAGCUCCAGUCUUUGGUCCGUAUGUGGCGCAUCCACUGGCGAUACUGCCAGGUGCUCAACGCCAUCUACAUCAUCCAGUGCCACUGGCAAUGCCACAACUGCCAGACCUGUGCUCUCCUCCGGGGCCACUGCGUAGUCACAGCCACUCACCUGCAGUUCCACAUUGAGAUCAUCAACCCCUAAGGGCUGGCAAGAAGGGGCACUGUGUCUCCUGUCCCCAGUAAAGGUCUAACCUGGUCUGGUGUGUCUCAUGGUCUCCCCCAGCUAAUGGAAAUUUUGAGGCUUAGGCCAUGCUGCCUCCUCUUCUCCCUGGGAAGGAACUUCAGUGAGGUUUUCCCCCCUUGCCUGUGGACCCUGUUCUGGACUGACAAUGACCAUAUGCCACUUACUCAGUUGUCAAAACAGAAACUGAGGUCCUAGUCUUCCCUGAUAUAUGACAGAGCCAAAAGUCGCAGUUCCCAUGCCCAGCCCCAUUCCUUUCUUCUCACCCAGUGAUCUGAGAGACAAGUGGUCUGCAUCUUCCUGAUGACUCUGGGCACAUCUGCACAUGAGAAUGGACUCUGAGGCUCUUCUCUGUCAGCCCAGAGUCAGAGAAUGGCUGGGGUCUAGGAUACCUCACACAAGACAAAGUAUCUUUGGCAAGCACCGAGAGACAAUGCCAACAUCUGGCUGACUCUUCUGAGAGCAGUGCAAUGCAGCCCCAGGUGAAGGACAGGAGGCUGGCCUUAGUGAUGGGUGGGACUAGUCAUGCUGAUGAGCAGCUGACGAC